GCUCAAAGAGAAGAGAUUUUUAAAAUGAUGUCAGAAAAGACAGACAACAUUGCAGUAGAAGAAAUUACAGGCAAGCAUCUCUCAAAAGAUUUAGAUACAGAAGAAAAUCAAAGCAUACUAGAGACAGUAAGAGGCAAAAUAAGAGAAAAACUAAGAAAUGCUAAGAUAAACUUAGAAGAAAAAUGUUCAUUUAAACACUUAAGUACUCACUUACUAUUAUUUAACCCCCAGACUGAAGUCUUACUGGAUGAAGGUCUUGCAUUUUUCAUUCUGAGUGGUGAAGAAGGCUCAAUGUUGGGCCAGUCAUCAAAGCAGAGAUCAUUAAAUGAUAGUUACUCCAAAUGCUUUACAGUUGGUAAUAAAUUACAAAAUGUUGCUAAAAGCCAAGAUGAAGAUUUUAUGGAAGAAGUCGUUUUUGCAGAUUUAUUUGAAGUAAAAGCUGCUGAAUAUGAAGAUGAUCAAGAAAAACUAACAAAAGAGCAGGCAAAUAUUUUUAUGCCAAGUAGUUCCCCAGUGGCCAACCAGUAUAAACUGCCAAAAGGUAUGACCCCACGCAUUUUAGAAGAUGAAGGAUUCUAUAUUCAGAAAAAGCCCAAAGUAUUUAAAAAGACCUGCAACAAAAUGGAAAAUCGCCUGCUUACACUAAGUGAGGGAAAGUGUUGGUUUGAAGAGAGUGGAAAAAUAAUGUCAUUACCUUCACCUAUUAGACAGUCGUGGAAUUUCAGAUUAAACAUCAGCAAGGAAUCUUUAAACCCAGCACUAAAGACUACAUACAAGAAGGCAAUAAAAUCUGACAUCGGAAGUUCUUUUAGAAGCAAAAUAGAAGGACAAAGGGAAAUAUACCAAUUAGAUCUCAACAUUAUUGGUUUGCAAUUUAGUCAUCAUCCUCUAUUCAAUCAGGAACAAGUAUUAUGUGCUAGGCUCCUGCAACUUUAUGAAUGUUUUCAGGACAGGCAGCAACAGAAUUUACCACAGCUACUUUAUGAAAAGUUGCAAACACUGACAAAUGCUACCCAAUCAAUUAAUGAAAACUUUGAAAUAACCCAGCUUAUCAGAAAGUCUUUACAAGAUUAUUAUUGGCAGAUAAGUAAUACAAAACAACUAUAUAACUUUGAACUGGAAAAGGACCUGUCCCUUCUACAUAGUAUAUUACAGACCUGGAAACAGAUAAAGUCCCUUAGACAACGGCAAGGUUUCACAAGCACUACGAUAAAGUUACUGUUUCAGAGGAUAAAAAUGAAUGAAUGUAAUGAGCAAGAAGAAACACAAAUGUCAGAAGUGUCUGAGACUAAAAAGAAAAGUGAAGGAAAAGUACUUAAGAAUGAAGAAAAACAGGAGAACUUUUCUUCUUUAGCUUCUGAACUUGAUGACACAGAAAUUGAAAGAAUAAAUCCAAUUACCUUCAGGCCACAACUUGAUUUCACAGCAGAAGUAACAAAGUUAUUCAACUGUUCACUGCAUGAACAAAAGAGGAGAGCCAAGAUUCAGAAGCUGAAAUAUUUUAUUAAGAUAUUUUACAACAACAAAGAGGUUUCUUGCACUUCAGUAUCUUCCCUACAGUUUGAUUUUAAAGUCAUGUUUCAGCAAAUUUUCAAUAUUCAGUUAAUAUAUUGGCCAGAAACAAUUUGCUUGGAGCUUUAUGAAAUAAGUAAAAGGACAAGUUUACUGGCAAAAUUAUAUUUACCUUUACCUAACAACACAGAGUUGAGAGGCAGAACUGUUUUGGAAUAUGUAGAGUUUAGCUCUGAGAAGCUGGUCAGCCCUGCGGAUGGAGAAGUAGGAAGCAAUGUGCCUUUUCUUCUUGAGGGAAAUGGAACUGAAGAGCUUUGUCUUUUAACAUCAGGAAAACUCAGCUAUUCUCUAUCAUGGGCCUUAGAUGAAAAUGGCAUUCCUCUGGCACCUCUACCACAGUCAUUAAGAUCUGAAAAUUAUAGUUUGUUAAGGAAUGUAGAGGUCAGAGGUAUUCCUGGAAUUCCAUGGUUUAUUAAUGCACAGAAGCUUUUUCAAUGGGCAGAUGAAAUCAGAAUUGAUCCAAAUAAUCCAGAAUAUUCUGAUAUAAUGGAAUUUAUUAUGUAUAUGAAACAUAAAGGGCAGGAUGUCCCACAGUAUUUCCGUCUUGAACAACUGCAAGAUGAAUUUAACUUUGUUUCUGAAGAAGAAAUGAAAAAGAGCAAACGUUUUCAGCUUCUGCAACUUAGAAAUGCAGGUCAAUUAAAUAUUUUUCUCUUGCAGCAAGUGCCCCUCUAUGAUAGAGAGAUUCCAGAUUUAGUCUUUCAGGAGUAUGAAAGUCAGGUAGAAAUGGCUAUGUCUAUGUCAGAUGUAAAUUCUAUUAUUACACAAAGGAUUAAUGCCAUCAAUUUUCUGAAAAAGGAGAGAAGAUCAGUAAUGAAAAGAGUCAUCAAAGUUAACAAAUUUAACUUGGCAGAUAUUGUGGCUGAUUAUGAAGAAAUUGUAUCUUCAAGCCAGUUGACACAUGCAAUUUGUAAGUUUGUUGAACCACGCAGAAAGUUAAAACCUCGGAGGAAAGAAAGGAAAAGAGUUACAGCACAGACUAUUUCUGAUGGAGAUAUUAAAAUUCUCAUAAGAAUAUUGAGGGCCUAUAAUAUUCCUACCAGGAAAACAGCAGUCAAUAGAGUUGUGGAUAUGCCUGCUUAUUUGAAAUCAUCUAUGCCUUGCUUCAGACAUAAAGAAACAACCACAUCAAUAGACUCAGAUAGUAUCUUAAAUGAGGAUACUGUACACCCUUUCAUAGAAGUUUCUUUUCAACAUACUGUAUAUCAUACUAAUACAGAAAGUGGAUCUCAUCCAUGCUGGAAUGAAGAAAUUAAAGUAGAUUUUAUUUCACCAGGACAUGAUUACAGCUUUUCAAACUUAUCUAAAAUCAAAGAUAAUAUAUACAUCAACAUUUUUGAUGAAGUGACCAUUGAAAAACAUGAGGAUCGCUGUCUCAAGAGCUGCAGUGGUCACGCAUAUCUAAGAAAGAAUUGGCUUGGUUCUAUUGUUUUUCCUUUCUCCGCUCUUUUGCAACAGUCUGAGAUUAAUGGAACAUUUCAAGUAAAUAUCCCACCAAUUUUGCUUGGAUAUACUUGGAGUAAGACUUAUUUAUCUCCUAAAGAAGAUUACAAUGGACAGAAUUUAAGAGAAUGUACCUUCAUAAAUAUUUUUGCUACCAUUGAACCACAAAUAUCAUAUGUUACCUAUAAUUCAAAAUUUGACCAGUUUUCAGAUCAAAUAGAUAUUUUGCAGAGAGCACAGAUUUUUAAAAAUAAUUGUAAAGCAAUGUUUCCCAACCGAAGAAUCAUAACUACUGUUUUUAAUGAUGAAGGGAUACAAAUCUUAGUAACAAGAUAUAUCAAGGCAUUAAAUCCACCUCAACAGCUUCUAGAUACAUUUCUUCAUGAUUCUAAUGCAACACUUGGCCUCGUUGCUCGAUUUGUGUCUCUGAUUCCUUUUAUGUCUGAUACACUGGAUGAUAGUGAUGGUUCUGACAUAUGGAUGACAUCAGAGCAUUGCAUCAGUUUGGCUAUCGGAAAUAAGGAAGAGCAUGCCAUACUUCUCUGUAAUUUCUUUUUGUAUUUUGGAAAGAAGGCAUUGGUCCUCCUGGGAACCUCAUUAUUAGAAGGGCACAUUGCCUAUGUAUUAACUGAAGAAACUAAAGAAUAUUUGCUUUGGAACCCAUCAACUGGACAGUGUCAUAAGCAGUUUGAUCCAUUUUGUCCCUUACAAAGUGUGGAUUGUUUGUUUGAUGAUAAGAAUGUCUGGUUUAAUAUUCAACAAAAUAACACACCAAUGGCUGUAUGUUUUGACUAUUCAAAGGAAAGUUUCUGGAAACAGUUGCUUCCAAAAAAUUUUCAGGGAACAAAAAUACAAAGCAUACAGCCUGAAGAAAUAAUUUAUUCUGAUACAAAUAAAAAUAUGGUAGAAGAUCUAAAGAACAGGAUUGAAAGAACUCUAAAAUGUAAAAUAAUGGAAUGGAGACCGAAGCACUCAACACGUUGGAAUCGACAGUGUACUUCUGUUUUGCAACAAAUUCUUCCUAAGCUGGAGCUUGGCACAGACAGUCCUGUUUUAUCUGAAGAAGAGAAUGAAUUGGAAAGACUAUUACAAUUUUACUGGGUCACAGGAUUUCCCAUCCAGAUGCCGUAUACUGAUAUUCAGUCAGUUAUAGAUGCCGUGUAUCAAACUGGAAUUCACUCUUCUGAGUUUCCUGAGACAGAAUUUGCUUUAGCUGUAUACAUUCACCCAUAUUCAAACAACAUAUUAUCUGUUUGGGUCUACUUGGUAUCCUUAGCCCAACAUCACUGAAAAGAAAAAGUGGAAAAGGAAGAGAUCAUACGAUGGUUCCUUAGACCACAAGCAGUCACAACUUUUCUGUUAUCAAAAGUUUGCUGCUUAUCAUUAUGUCCAGCUAGGUGCCAAUCUCAAUUAUUUAUUCACUUACAAAGUUGGGUAAUAACCCCUACUCUCCUUUCCCUCCCUAUUCUUUGAGGGUAAGUAUAGAUGACCACCUCACUAAAAAC